UAAUACGGUGCACCUUAGUACACCCCAUCAAUGCUUCUUCAAGCAUUGAGUUCCAGUGUCUAACCCUAGCGUCACUACUCACCCCCAUUUUUCCUCUCUUUCUCUCUCCUCUGCUCGCUCUCUCCAUCACUCCGCCGCCCAUCGCCGCCCAUCGCCGCCGAAUUCCCUCGACACUCGCACCGCCGCAGAUUCCUCUAUUUGUAAGCAGUCUUUGCCCCCUUGUUGGUAGCUCUUUUAUCUCCAAUGGGUGAUGAUAAUCAGCCUUCUAAGAAAAGAGCUGCUGGUAGAGAAUUAUCUCGAGACAAUCCUGGUCUUGAUGAUGAGGAAGAAUACGAAGAACCAGCAGGAACUUUCAAGAAAGCAGCUGAGGAUGUAUUGGCCACAAGAAGAAUAGUGAAAGUUCGUCGUCAGCAAACUUCUACAGCACCCUCUGCUCCCUCAUCAAAUCCUUUCGCCGGAAUUCGAUUGGUCCCCCCGGCUCCUGCUACUGCAGAAGCACAGACUGCUGAAGACAAAACAGGUGCAGAUACCAAAGAUGAUGCUAACUCAGAAUCAGAAACUCAAGUGAAACAAGUAGAACCAAAAGAGACACCUAAUGAGGCUACAACAGAAUCUAAUGCAGAUAAGGAGAAAGAAGCACCCACAGAGCAAAUAAAUGUUGUCAGUCAACCUGAUCAAGCUGCUGAUGUUACUGCUGCUGAGCCCAAGCCAAGUGAUGAGAGAGAAGCUGAUGACAGUGCUGUAAAAACAAGUGAAGCUGGUGAAAUACAAGCUGAUUGUACCAAAGGUGAGAAUGAUGGCACAAAUGACAAUGAAAAACCUGAUGCAAGUGGGAAUGGUGGUGCUGCUUUGAGUUCAUUUCAACAACUUUCAAACAGCCAAAAUGCAUUCACUGGCCUUAUGGGCACUGGAUUUUCAACCUCUACUUUCUCUUUUGGCUCUCUUCAAAAAGAUGGGUCUCCUUCACAGGCAUCUCUUCCUACCUUCAGUUUUGGCGCCCCGACUAAUGGUAGUACCCCCCUUUUUGGUUCAGUGAUGACAGGGACAUCCAUUGGGACCAAGACUGAAAGUUCCACAUUUCGUUCUAUGCCAGAGGUACCGACAGAAACAGGGGAAGAGAACGAAGAAACAGUUUUUAAUGCUGAUUCUGCUCUUUUCGAGUUUCUUGAUGGUGGAUGGAAAGAACGUGGUAAAGGAGAGGUUAAAUUGAACGUCCUAAAAGGGGAAACUCAGAAAGCUCGGUUGGUGAUGCGAGCUAAAGGGAAUUUGAGAUUGAUUCUGAAUGCAAGUCUUUUUCCUGAUAUGAAGCUCACAAAGAUGGACAAAAAAGGCAUCACUUUUGCUUGUGUGAAUAUCGCUACAGAAGGCAAGGAUGGGCUGUCAACAUUUGCUCUGAAGUUCAAAGAUGGCUCGAUUAUGGAAGAAUUUUUUUCAGCAGUUUCAGCUCACAAGGAUAAACCUGCUACGACUGCACUGAAGACUCCAGAUAACUCUCCAAAGGCCUCAGAUGAUUAAAAAGUAUAUUUGCAAAUAUCUGCUGGUGUUAUUGCAUGAGAAGCUGUAACCCUGUAAAACUGAUGCUGUUGUCACCAGAUACAGGGAAGUGAGGAGGUUGUUCAAGAUUUUUGUAUGCCAAAGCCCUUUUCUGGGGCGAAAGUGAUAAGAAGACAAUUACCGCCCCAUUUUGUUGUGCGCCUGCACUGUAACAUGUCAUCAAUGAGGUAUUUGUCAACUUAGUAACUACUUGUAAUCCGGGAUGUUGAAUAAUAUGUUAGCAUGUUUGUUACUGAAUUUGGAUCUGGGAUAUAUGGAGCUAUGUUAUUGCGAAUUACAUCAGUUAUUACUCCUUA